ACCCGGGGAAACGCUGUGUACAUUUAAACUUCUGCCUGGAAAAAAAUCAAUAAAUAGUUUUCUGCGGUGCUUCUUUUUUUUAAGUUUGGGAAAUUCUGCCUUUUCUGACUGCAAACCCGCAGGAAGUGCCGCACAUCAAGCUGAAAAUGCCUCGCAGACCACAGAGACAUAUGGUCGGGAGUGGUUCAGAUGGAACUGAAGACUCGGACUCCUCCGCCGAAAGAGAACAGACCAAUAGCUCGGAAAGUGAUGGGAACAUACCGAAGAGACAGCGCCUCACCAGAGCCUCAACUCGCCUUAGCCAAAGCUCUCAGGAUACUCCGGACUUGAAGCGAGCUGCUGACCAUGAUGAAUCUCCACCAUUGACGCCUACGGGAAAUGCCCCCUCUUCUGAGUCUGAGCUGGACAUCUCCAGCCCCAAUGCCUCUCACGAUGAGAGCACGGCCAAAGAUCAAGCCAACAGAGGAGACUCGGACAAGGACCUCUCCCAUCGACCCAAGCGCCGUCGCUGUCACGAGACUUAUAACUUCAACAUGAAAUGCCCGACGCCAGGAUGCAAUUCACUUGGUCAUCUCACGGGAAAACAUGAACGUCAUUUUGCUGUAUCAGGUUGCCCUCUUUACCACAAUCUUUCUGCUGAUGAAUGCAAAGUGAAAGCCGUCAGCCGUGAGAAACAAGAGGAGGAGGUGAAGGAAGAAAACAACUCGCGCCAUGCAACUCGCCACCAGACGCCAACAUUGAAACAGAGCCGAUACAAAGAGCAGGUGUCUGAGAUGAGGAAGGGGCGAAACUCUGGCCUUCAGAAGGAGCAGAAAGAAAAGCACAUGGAGCAUCGGCAAACACACGGCAACACCAGAGAGCCUUUGCUGGAGAACAUCACGAGUGAAUAUGACCUGGAGCUCUUCAGAAAAGCCCAGGCCCGUGCAUCUGAAGAUCUGGAGAAGCUGCGUAUCCAGGGUCAGAUCACUGAGGGCAGUAACAUGAUCAAGACCAUCCUGUUUGGCCGCUACGAGCUGGACACCUGGUACCACUCGCCCUAUCCCGAGGAGUAUGCACGCCUAGGUCGCCUCUACGUCUGUGAAUUCUGCCUCAAGUACAUGAAGAGCCAGACCAUUCUCAGACGACAUAUGGCCAAGUGUGUGUGGAAGCAUCCUCCAGGAGACGAGGUGUACAGGAAGGGGGGAAUAUCUGUGUUUGAAGUUGAUGGCAAAAAGAAUAAGAUCUACUGCCAGAACCUGUGUUUACUCGCCAAGCUCUUCCUGGACCACAAGACGCUGUACUACGACGUUGAGCCUUUUCUCUUCUACGUCAUGACGGAGGCCGACAACACUGGCUGCCAUUUAGUGGGAUACUUUUCCAAGGAGAAGAAUUCCUUCCUCAACUACAAUGUGUCCUGCAUCCUGACGAUGCCGCAGUACAUGAGGCAGGGCUUCGGCAAGAUGCUCAUCGACUUCAGCUACCUGCUGUCCAAAGUAGAGGAGAAGGUGGGCUCACCCGAACGGCCUCUGUCUGACCUGGGCCUCAUCAGUUACCGUAGCUACUGGAAGGAGGUGUUACUCCGAUACAUGUGCACUUUCCAGGGCAAGGAGAUCUCCAUCAAAGAGAUCAGCCAGGAGACGGCGGUCAAUCCGGUGGACAUAGUAAGCACCCUGCAGUCUCUUCAGAUGCUGAAGUAUUGGAAGGGAAAGCACUUGGUGUUGAAGCGACAGGACCUGAUUGACGAGUGGAAGGCGAAGGAGAUCAAGCGAGGCCACAGCAACAAAACCAUCGACCCCAGCUCCCUGAAAUGGACCCCCCCCAAAGGGACAUAAGCACUCCACUCAGCCUCAGCAGCCACAAGUAGCCUCGACCUACGAACUGUCAAUAAAGACCAGUGUUCAUUCUUUCUUUUCUUAUUUUCAUUCAUGGUUUUAUUUGUCACUGAACUUUAAAAAGACUUUUUUAUAUUUUACGUUCCAUGCGUUCCAAGUCUAACGAUUCUCAACUUAAAUAUGGUCAAACAACAGUGGAGAAUCUUUGUCCUAUUCUUUUUUCUUUUUUUUUUAACUGCCAUCAUCUAAUAAGCUUUGAAUGUUAAAUGAUACAUUGUCCAGUAUGGUGGAUAACAUGAAUGUUUGCUUUUCCUCAUGCAAAAAGAAGACAUAGCUGCAUUUAUAUGCUGUUAUUUUUUUAUUUCAUUCAAGAAAUGUGAAUUUUUAAGAUGGUAGUUUUUGUUUGGGCUGAAUACGAUAAUUGUUAGCAUGGAUUGAAACCGUAGGUGGGGUGAAUCUUCAGGAGUAUGAUGUAUGGUAACAUUUUCUUUGGUUGGUGUAAACUUGUAUAGAUCAUAAUAAUGUGUACUUCUGUUUUGUUCAAGCUCCAUCAAAACAGGAAUUGGACCCAUUCCUCUGAUGAACCUGCCAAGGGAUGGACAUAUAAAUGAUGGAUAUUUUGAAUUUGCUGAGAAUAUAAUACAAAAUGAAGACAAUGCCACUGUAAGAAUGCACAUAGAAAUAAAACAACCUCAGGUUUUUAUACUGAUUCAAUCAUACCUUGCUUCUGUGGUUUCUCCGAAACAUGGAUCACAGUGGUUGUUGCAGAUGGAAUUUCUCUGGUUAAAGAUCCUGUAUAAAAAGAAUCAUAAAACAUUUGAACUCAACAUUUCAAUGGGCCUUGUACUUUUAAUCAUAGCUGUUAAAUGUGUAUUUGGUAUUUUUUAAUAUCAAUAAAGCUGCUUUGAUAUUUUAAAAUGA